AUGUCAUCAAUUGUAAAAGACCGGUGUUUUUUCCGCUUGCUAAUUACACCCUCCUCUCAGAUAGAGGAAUCGCGGGCAUUGCUUAUUGUCAUUAGUACAAUAUUUUACGAAAUUUUUGCACCGUUAAUGAAUUUGUUUGGAUUUUCAGCCAACACUUUGUCCCUAAUAAUCUUUAUGAAAAUGGGUUUGACUGACGGCGUCACAAUAUCCUUCUUUGCCUUGUCUUUUUCGGAUGUGUGCAGGUCUACAUCUAUGAUUUUUACAUGGCUCUGUCAAGUGCUUUCAGUCUUCGCCUGCGUAAAUCCAAACGUAAACCCUCUGAUACCACUGGCGAUACACAUAACUACAAUGUUCUUUGACAUAUCAGCUUUAACGAUUAUCUGCAUUUCAGUUCAACGAUGUGCCUGCGUUGCUUUCCCUCUACAAUUCAGGGGCGUAUUCACCAGAUCAAGGGUUACAUGUUUUCUUGCAGUCAUAUACAUCGUAAUUUUUUCUUGGUACAUUCCAUUAUUUGCAGAGCAACGAAUAGAGAUACACAUUGAUCCUGUAACCAAUGUCACCGUUUUUAGAGUUGCAUUUACUGAUGCAUUAAACAAGAUUAUGCAUAUUAACUUCAGUGUCCACGUUGCAGGAUCUAUCAUUUCCCAACUAGUAAUUUUAAUAUGUUUGGUGAUUUUUACCAGAGCUUUGAUAGCAUCUUUUAGAUUUCGCCUACAAACUUCUACUCCUUCAGUACAAAAAGAUAUCCCUCUGGAAGCCCCUGACAGCACUACUAGCGCAUCCUGCUUAACUCUAUCUCACCGUAGAUUUGAUUUAGAAGAAUUUAGAAGAAAUGUUUCUCAACAUGGAGAUUCAACAACUCUAGAGUCUUGUAUGGAUAAUUUGACAAAAAGGCAUUGUGACAAUAGCUCUCUAAAAAACAACAAAACGGCAACACACUUCAAACCAAAGAACGAUAAUAUCGACAGAAUUAAAACACAAAAACAUAGUAAAGAGACACAGAUCAUCAAAGUUGUCACCCUUACGUCAAGUAUUUUCAUGUUCUGCCAAUUUCCAAAGUUGUGUGUUUCCAUUACACAUCUUUUCCUGCCUGAGUUUAGUCAAGCUCGCAAGUACCAUAUGAGUUACACUAUUUUAAUGGCAAUACAAAGUUUUUUUGAGUAUCUCAACUCAGACUUGAAUAUCUUUGUGUACGUUGCAUGCAACAGCAAGUUCAAAGAGACAUUCUAUUCUACACUAGAUCAUUGUGUUAUCAGAGCUACCUCGAAUGUUAGACAAACAAAUGACGCUUAG